UGACGAGACUUUGCCAAAGGGGUGCCCGUGCGGGAAGCCAGGUUGGGUGCUGAGAACAAAGCGGACAACCAACAAGAACAAAACAGAACACACAACCUGCAAUGGCCGACGAACAACUCAGGGCGGAGGAGCUGCAACAGAGCGUCAUGAUGUCGGAACAGCAGGUUGAGGCCAGUACCGGUGACGGGGACGUCGCAAUGGUCAACCAAGUUACUAUUACCUCCGAGAUCUCCCAGAUCAACGCCCAACCCGAGCCUAGCGAGGCCGACGAAGACCAGGAGAUGCACGAUGCGCAAGAAGAGAACGAUCACCACGACGAAGAAAUGGGCGAAGGGGAUGAUGCCGAACACUCGGACGAAGGCAGCCACGACGGUCAUGAUGAUCACGACGACCACGAAGACUCCGGUGAUGAACACGGUGAAGAGGAGGAACACGACGGUGAGGACCACGAGGGGUUCGACGAAGAUGCCGAAGGAGACGAGGGCGACUCUGUCCACUCCGAGGAACAUACAUCGCAACAACACCUACCAAGCGUGGAGGAAGACCAUGAAGAUGAUGAGGACGACGACGACGAGGGUGUCGGUGCUGUCAAAAUAAAACCGGGUGAAACUGACCAUAGCGAAAGCGAAAGCGAGGAGGAAGACGACCAUUCGUCAGCAAGUUCGGCGAGCGUCAGUGAUGCGGAAUCUGAAGACGAGCCACACUGGGAAGAUGCGGCUGAGCACGAACCUGCGGGAGACGAGGACGAUGAUGAUGAGGGUUCCGAAAAGGGAGAUAGUGGACUUUGCAUGUUCUGUAAACAAGACGAAGACCACGACCCGGCAGAGGAAUUCGAAGAGUAUCUUGCAUGUUCCGGGUGUGGGGAAAACGCCCACCAGCAGUGUGCAAGGGAAGCGAAUGCUUUGCCCAGUGAUCAAGCACCCGACACGUGGAAAUGCCCGAAUUGCGCCAGUGAAGGGUCACAAACCGCCGCGGGGAAGAAUCACGAGCCGACGCAAGUGAAUGGGACGGAAACCACUACCUCUACGCACCCCACCACACGCAGGGCCUCAGCACCAAAACUGGCAAGGGACCUUCUGCCUCCCCAAAAACACACAAACCCGGAUUCGCACUCCGUCUUCAACCAACUAGUGCUGGAUGAGGAUCCUAUGGAUGGAUCUCGCGUACUUAGGAAACGUAAGACGUCUUCAGUAGAGCCCACCGAGCACGUAAUAGGCCUUAGGAAGCGACGCCGGAACACCGUGGGCACCGAACUUGAAGAAGAGCCCAACGACAGCACAGCCGGCCAGGACGAACAAGCAAGGCCGACAUCGGCCCGGUCAUUGCGAAUUAAGAUCUCCAAUCCCACGGCCCCGGUCAGCAUCGUCAAGAAGACACGAAGCAGCAUCUUGCUGCGCAUGCGUGUAGACCCCACCAAGCUACAGCAGAUAACAUCCCAACCACCCAAGGGGAACAGCAAGCGAUCAAGUCGGUCUGCUCGAUCAGGUCGAUCCGGCCGUUCAGGACGUUCUGGGCGCAAGACAUCAGGAAGGUCAGGUCGGUCGCGCAGGGCGGCCGCAGCAGAAGCAGAUGCAAUGGAACCUUCCACGGCACCGUUUGCUAGCGCAAGCUACACCCAACCAUUUUAUUCUUUCUACGACAAGGAGACGGAUGAGCUCAAAGGAAAACCCUACGGCGGCAUCCUCACCGACGCCGAGGCGGAUACAUCUAAGACAUUACCGCAGCCCGAGGAUCGUCGGCGAUUCGAUGAAGCGAAACAGAUGGCCGAGGAGGAAUGGCGACAACGACUUCUGAAGAUGCAAGCGGAGGUCGAAGCACCAGUCAAGAAGUCCAAGAAGACCGCCGGUCCAGCCAGCCAAAUCGAGUGUAUCGAGUUUGGAGGCUGGGAGAUCGACACAUGGUAUGCGGCUCCAUAUCCCGAGGAAUACAGCAGGAACCGGGUCCUAUAUAUCUGCGAGUUUUGCUUAAAGUACAUGAACUCCGACUAUGUUGCGUGGAGGCAUAAGCUCAAGUGCCCCGCGAAACACCCACCAGGCGACGAGAUCUAUCGCCAUGGCUCGAUAUCUGUGUUCGAGGUUGACGGUCGUAAAAACCCCGUUUAUUGCCAGAACCUCUGCUUGCUGGCCAAGCUCUUCCUUGGGUCAAAGACCCUUUACUACGACGUUGAGCCAUUCCUCUUCUACGUUCUCUGCGAAUAUGACCAAUAUGGCUACCAUUUCGUCGGCUACUUCUCCAAGGAGAAGCGAGCCAGCAGUCAGAACAACGUAUCCUGUAUCCUCACGUUGCCGAUUCACCAACGAAAGGGAUACGGCAACCUCCUUAUCGACUUCUCCUACCUCCUCACCAGGGUCGAGCAAAAGACCGGUUCCCCAGAAAAGCCUCUCUCCGACAUGGGCUUGGUUUCCUACCGUAACUACUGGCGCCUAGUUAUGUGCAAGUACCUACUCGAGCAUUGCUCUGGAGACCCCAAAGAGAAGAAAGGUUUGAGCAUCAAAAAGAUCUCCGACGACACAGGCCUCACGCCAGACGAUGUUAUUUCGUCACUGGAGGGAUUGAGGUGUCUGGUACGCGACCCACAAACCCAAAUAUACGCCUUCCGCGUCGACUUGCCCUACUGCCGGGAGUAUGUUGCGAAGUGGGAAGCGAAGAACUACGUCCAGCUGGAACCCAAAGCUCUUACAUGGACUCCGUAUGUUAUGGGCCGGAGCAACGCUACCAACUUCGAGCUUGGGCCGGCACUGAACGCCAUCGCUCCUAGGGAGGACGAGGAGGCCAAGCCAACGGUCGAGGAAGGAACCGUUAUCGACGGUGAUGCUUCUCAACCGGAAGGUCUGGCAACCCAAGUCCAGAAGAUGGAGAUCGACACCUCAGCUCCGACUAUCCUCGAGUCAACCGAGCCAAACGAGCUCGGCAUCAUCCAGCCUGAGGUCAUCUCUCCUCGCUCGGUUCUUAAGACCAACGGUCUCUUCCCCAACGGUUCCGUGCACGGCUCUGUCCACCCCAACGACGACCACGACCGGAAAGCCAAGACCGAACCGGACGCCGACGGCGAAAACAAAGAGAACCCCGACGACUGGAUGGCCCAGUACGAGGGUAUCCCACCCACUCGCUUCGAGGUCGUUCCACCUCUCAACACUUCCAGGCGCGGAGCCGGCGGCGACCGCAUCCGCAACACCGUCCCCCGUCCACCAGCCGUCCGCACCAACAGCGGUAGCGCCGCCCGGCCACGAAACCCUCGUCGUACGAGCGGUGUCCGCCGCGUAUCUUCCGCCGCCAAGCCCCGCAACAGCAGCAGCAGCAGCAAGCGCAAAGCGGGCGGCACCGGUCGCGGGCCUGGCCGUUGGCCCAAGGGUACCAAGAAGAGCGACUACGGCAACGCCGAGAGUGGCCCUGGUUUUCCUCCUGGUUGGUUGGAAAAGCAGAAAUCUCUUGAGGGUACGACCCCCAAGAAGGAGGGUGAGGAGGGGAUGAAGGAUACCGUGCAUGUUACCCCUACUGCGGAGAGCGCCGCCGUUUCCAGUUCCGGUGGUAGUGGCAGUGGAAGUGGAAGCCGUAGUGCCAGCUCUUCUGGCGCAAACGGAAAUGGAGAGGACACGGGAAGCGCCGAUAACGGCAACAGUAUUAAUGGCGGCGGAGACGAACAAGCAGAUAUUACCAUGAAGGAUGACGACAAUUAGGAAUCAGUAGCGUUAUCGUGGAGGCCGGAGGUGAUGAUAAGGGGAAUUAGAGGGGGGAAGGGAGGAGCAAGGGCAACACCAAGAGGAUAACCAAGAGAAAGACCACGGA